AUGGCGGACCCCUUCGCAACGGAAUUGCCCCCAGUGCUCCCGGAUGACAUCGAGUUCGACUUCAGUCAAUUCUGCUUAUUCCCCUCCGCAGAAGAUGUCUACGAGGAUGUCUCCGCCAGUCAUAACCAGGCUCAACCCACCAGCGGUGACACGCAACAACCAGACGAGCCCAUGGCAUCGCCGUCUUCAAGCAUCUCCGGAGGUGUGAUGCUUUCCGACGUCGUCGAGAACGGCAACCUGGACCCCAAGACCGCAGACGACACGAACGCCUCCGCGGCAGAGACAACAUCCAAGGCCGGCAGCCGCUUCACCUCCACCACCAUCAGGGUCCUGAGGGCGUGGUUCGACAACCACGAGCGGUACCCCUACCCGACGCCGGAGGAGGUCGAGAGGCUGCAGAAGCGGACGGGGUUGAGCAAGCAGCAGCUCACGAACUGGUUCGCCAACACGCGUCGCCGCAAGCGGUUCUGCGCCAACGGGACCGCCUCCCCGCGGGUCCCGUCCUUCACGGAGCCCGGCUCCGGGCCCAUCGACAUCCCCGCGCGCCGGCCCACGCCCAUGCCGUUCGAGCAGAUGAACCCCCUGCAGAGGUGGGAGCACUCGCCGCCGGAGCACGAGCCCGCCCUGGUGUCCGACAUCUCGCGCGCCGUCGCCGCGUCGUCGUCGAGGCGGUCGGGCCUCUCGAACCGGUCGCGGUCGUCCGCCAGGUCGUCCGACAACGCCUCGUCGGUGAGCAGCGUCGGCACCUCGCGUUCGAGCAGGGGCUCGAGGUCCAACGGCUCCGCGUACUCGUACGGCUCCAACGCGUCUCCCGUGCCCACGCACGGCAUCAGGAAGGACUCGAGCCGGCGGAGGCGGCGGGCCAUGGCCAAGGGCCAGAGGGACAAGCCCAAGAGCCUGAUGCAGACGCGCAACCUCUACCAGUGCACCUUCUGCGCCGAGACGUUCAAGACAAAGUACGACUGGCAGCGCCACGAGAAGACGCUCCACCUCUCGCUCGAGGAGUGGGUGUGCUCGCCCGGCGGCGCCAUCGAGAUCGACCCGGAGCGAGGCAUCCUGUGCGUCUACUGCGACGAGGUCGGCCCGGACCAGCACCACCUCGACGGCCACCACCAGGCGGCCUGCUCCGACAGGCCGCUCGACGAGCGCACGUUCUACCGCAAAGACCACCUGCGGCAGCACCUGAAGCUCGUGCACAGGACCAAGAAGAUGACCAAGUGCGCCGAGAAGUGGAAGGUCACGACGGACGCCAUCCGGUCGAGGUGCGGGUUCUGCGACGCCGCGCUCGAGUCGUGGUCCCAUCGCGGCGACCACAUCGCCGACCACUACCGCAGCGACGGCAUCACCAUGUCGGACUGGAAAGGGGACUGGGGGUUCGAGCCCUCGGUGCUUGCGAAGCUGGAGAACGCGGUGCCUCCAUACCUCAUCCAGUGGGAGCAGAGCGCCCCGGUGCCCUUUUGCGCAAACGACGGGCCGGCCGACACGUGCCCCAGCGCGUACGAGCUGCUCAAGCUGGAGCUCGAGUACUUUGUGCGCAACUUCUUCGAGGCGCACGAGGCCCUGCCGUCGGACGACGACCUCGUCUACGAGGGGUGCACCAUCAUCUUCGGCUCGCAGCUCUUCUCGCCCGACCUCGACCCGGCCGCCAGCUCCUGGCUGCGCGACCUGUUCAUGGACGCGACCGAGAUCGCGGCGCGGGCCCGCCUGCGCCCGAUGAACCAGCUGGCCAAGCUGCGCAUGAGCCAGCUGCGCAUCAAGGGCAAGGCCGACAUCUUUGAGGACUGCGAGCUCGAGUCCCAGCUGUGCCGGCACCUGCGCGAGCACACGAGCCUCGGCCUCGCCGUCUCGGACGCCGAGCUGCAGCAGGAGGCCUGCGCCACGCUGUACCGCGUCGAGGCGUCCUCGACGAACCCCUCGCGCCGCUUCGCCGGGUUCCUGGUCCGCCUCAUCUCGGAGUCGACCGGCUGGAUCGAGUCCCUGCGCCAGAGGGCCGAGCAGUUCGUCGGGGACCCGUACCUCGACUUCGGCCCCGUCCAGGCGACGCUCGAGUCGCUGGCCGACGACCCGAUGAACGGGCUCUUUGGCGGCGGGCUGGGGGGUCUGGGCCAGAUGACCCUGGGGUCGGGGAGCCAGCCGGUCCCCUCGGGCACCGGCGACAGGAUGGCCACCGGCGGCGGCGGCGGUGGCGGCGGCGACGCUCUGGCGAGCUUCCUCGAGCCGGUCAUGUACUCACAACCGCCCGGGGCCGGGCCCGGGCUGAUGCCCGACGACCUCUUCAAGGACGGCGCGUCGGCGUCGGCAUCGGCGUCGGUGAUGGGCGCGCAGGACUUCUACUCGCGGCUGCAGACGAGCAAAACGCUCUUCGCCGGGUCCGGGUUCUCGCUGGGGUGGACCGAGCAGCCGAGCGCCAAGGGCAUACCCUUCUUCCUCAACGACCCGAACCGGUACGGCCGGCUGGCCGGGGAGCUCUCGCGCUUCGUCGCGAGCUCCAUGUCGCCCAACAACCCCAACAAGCACGUGCCGACGGACGACGAGAUCCGGUACCAGGCGCGCUGGAUCUUUUACGACGACGACGACCCUUGGAACCAGACUCCGGCCGAUACGCCCGAGUGGUUGGCCGAGUUCAAGAAGCAGGUUGGGCUGCCGUAA